AACUGCGCUCCAAUCCCAACACACACCAUCUCGGUCCACUUCUCCGGCUCUGCAGGAGGAAACUUCUCUUACUUUUUCCGCGAUAACAGCGGGUAUGCGUGGUCAGAAGAUGAAAAGCGCACGCAGGGAUGUGCUGCACAUUUGCAGAUGCACUUUAUAUUUAUUGUUCUUAUGCCUGGGACCGAAAAUUGCGUUCACAGCACAUGAUUCCGACACGUUUGCCUUUUUCCAUGAGGGGGUGCGGGGCUGUUUGGCUGUACGAGACCAUGCGCUCUACCUUACAACAUCCUGUGAUGGUGAUGCUCAACUCUGGAAGUGGGUCACCCAGAAUCGCCUCUUUAACAUAGGCUCCUCUCUCUGCCUGGGUGUCAGAGUGGCAAAUGGGAGUAUCUUGAGUGUCUCCCCUCGGCUCAGCGUUUUCCGGUGUGACCGUGAACCCCCUCUGGUCCGGUGGUCAUGGAGCUGCAGCAAGUUCCUAAAUGAUCUCAGCACCUAUUUGCCCAAUCCAAACCCACCCAGAGAUGACCGUAACAUCUCAGCAGCUCAGGCUUCGCCACCAGCUGGAAACACACGGUGGAGACUUUAUGGUGACGAGCAGGACCUCUGUGCUAAAACAUACCGUGAAAUCUACACCAUCCAGGGAAAUUCUCAUGGGCAACCGUGUUAUCUGCCUUUCCUAUAUGAUGGUCAUUGGUUUCACAGCUGCACCAACACAGGGAGAGAGGACGGCCAUCUGUGGUGUGCCACCACACAUGACUAUGGCAAAGAUGAACGCUGGGGAUUCUGUCCUGUUAAGAGUGCAGACUGUGAGACAUUCUGGGACACAGACACUCUGAUGGAUAACUGCUACCAGUUUAAUUUCCAGGCCACCCUGUCAUGGGAGGAGGCUCACACCAGUUGCCAACAGCAGGGGGCAGAACUGCUGAGCAUCACCAAGGUGGAGGAGCAGAGCUACAUUAAUGGUUUCCUCACUGGUUACAGCUCCACUCUAUGGAUGGGUCUGAAUGAUCGAGACCUCAACGGAGGCUGGCAGUGGUCUGACUCCGCUCCACUCAAAUACCUCAACUGGGAGACAGACCAGCCAAACCAUGAGAACGAUUAUAACUGUGGUGUGAUCCGCACCGAGAGCUCAGGGCGGUGGCAGAACAGAGAGUGCUCCAUGGCUCUGCCUUACAUCUGCAAGAAACGGCCCAAUGCCACCCUUGACCCUUUCACUACAGACUCAUGGACAAAUGAUGGAAAGUACCAGUGUGAUAUUGGCUGGCAAAACUUCCAGGCUGGCUGCUACAGGUUAAACUCAGAAAAGCUGGACUGGAAUUAUGCUGAGAAAACCUGCCAGAAGAUGGAUGCCCACUUAAUCAGCAUCCACACACUCCCGGAGCUGGAGUUUAUAAUUAUGUACAUGAAAAGAGAUGUAGAAGAAUUGUGGAUUGGACUACAUGAUACCGCCAUGCAGAUGAAUUUUGAGUGGACAGACCGCACUCCUGUUAUCUUCACAUUCUGGCACCCAUUUGAGCCCAACAACUUCCUGAACACGCAGGAGGACUGUGUCAACAUGUGGGGUCCUGAAGGCCGUUGGAAUGAUAGCCCCUGCAAUUCCUCUCUACCUUUCAUCUGUAAAAAACCAGCUCAGAAGACAGAUGGAACGAUCCAAGACCACGGGUGCAAAAAGGGAUGGAAAUGGCACAGUCCUGCCUGUUUCUGGGUUGGAGAAGAGUCUGCAACUUUCAACAACGCAAGAAGAAUGUGUGCUAACUACAAUUCCACAUUAGCCGUCAUCAACAACAGGUUCGAGCAAGCGUUUGUGAACAGCUUGGUGUUUGGCCGUUCAGAGGAUCGUUUCUGGCUGGGACUGAAUAAUGAGAACAGCACUGGCCCUUUCUUCCACUGGCUUACUGGAGAGAAAGUGACCUACACCAACUGGAACAGAGACCAGCCAGCUCUUCUUAAAGGUGGAUGUGUAGCCAUGGCAACAGGUCAUGCUACAGGCCUGUGGGAAGUGAAGGAUUGUGCAAGCGCACAUUCCAAGUACAUCUGCAGACAGGACAAAGGCUCUUCAUAUUCCCCAAGCCCCCCUAUACCCCAACCUACACCCCCUCUCACAGGGUCCUGCCCCACUGAGUGGAAGAGCUCUAGCACUUUGCAUCACUGCUACAAGAUCUUUCAUACCGGUGAUCUAGAGAUGAAGCUCACAUGGAUCCAGGCUCAUAUAUUUUGUCAGAAGCACGGUGCUGAGCUGGUCAGCUUUGUCAGCCCAGAUGAGGAGAGCUUUAUGUUUCAGGUCCUCCAUGAAACCUUCGGAGUGGAGGAGGAUCAUGAGCAACACUGGCUCUGGAUUGGUAUAUCACGCCGAAUCAGUGACAGCUGGACAUGGAGUGAUGGAUCAGCUGUGUCAUACCAGAACUUUGGUAGGGCUCCGUAUAGUUCAGCACUGUGUGGAGCAGCGAAUGUGGCAGAUAUGAACUGGGUAAAAGCUGACUGUAAUUCUCAGCUCGACUGGAUCUGCAAAAUACCAAAAGGGAAUGCUGAGAUAGAGCCUGAGCAUACUGAAGAGUCUAGUCUGGACUGGGUUGAUUUCCAGGAAGCUCAGUAUAAGCUGUUUGAGCAUCGCUCCACAUGGGAGCAGGCCCAGAGGAUCUGUUCCUGGUCUGGUGCCUCGCUCGCCUCCAUACAUUCUGCCAGUGAGAAACAGUUCCUGGCAAGCACUCUGCGCAAGAUGUCAAGGAUUGACAGUGAUCUCUGGUGGAUUGGACUACAUACAUACGAGAACGAUGGACGAUUCAGGUGGUCUGAUCACUCUGUGCUCAACUACGUGUCCUGGGGAUUUGGCCAACCCCGUCCUCCCACUAGAGACCGCAAGUGUGUCCACAUAUCUGCAUCUAAAGGGGAUUGGGCAGAUAAAAAGUGUCAUUUAGAUAUGCCCUAUGUGUGUAAGAGAGUAAAUGUCACAGGCACACCUCCUCCCACUCCGGCUCCUCCACUCAUCCCAGCAGGCUGUCCUGAUGGCUGGAGUCCAUUCCUGCACAAGUGUUAUAAGGUCUUUGGGAAAGAGGAGGGGAAGCGUGUCACAUGGUCUGCUGCCCGCAUGAUGUGCCAAACUCAGGGGGCAACACUGGCCACAGUGCCCACUCACAUUGAGCAAGCAUUCCUGGUGACUCUGCUGCCCAACUCGAGUUUCCAUCUGUGGUUGGGACUUACCUCAGAUUCCCAGGGACACUUUAAGUGGGCGGAGCCUGGUUUACUUAGCUAUACAAACUGGGGCCCUGGGGAGCCAGUGAACAACAGUGGACAAAACAAAAACCCGACUAAUUGUGUGGUGCUACUACACAUGAGUCCUCACAGAAAAACAGGAAUGUGGGCAUCUCAAGGAUGUGAAUCAGAGAAACAUGGCUACAUCUGCAUGAAAAACAAAGACCCUGCUAUUCCCCCUGGUGUGGAUCCUCUUCCCCCUGUUGCUGAGGGGCAGCUGGAGUUUAAGGGCAAACAGUACCGUCUGUUACAGGCGCGGCUAGACUGGGAGGGUGCUGUACAUGUAUGUGAGUCUGUUAAUGGCAGUCUGGCUUCGGUACGAGACCCACAGCAGCAAGCAUACCUCACACUCCUACUCAAUGCUCUCCGCAAGCCUGCCUGGAUCGCACUACACAGUGACGGGGGCCGUGGAUACAGAUGGCUGGGAGAGGAGGAAGUUACUUUCAGCAACUGGCGUGAUGGAGAGCCCAAUCUGAUGUCUGGGUGUGGUCACAUGACCAUCAGUGGACAAUGGGCUAUGUCAUCCUGUAACACCAAACUGGAUUCAACCAUCUGUGAAAUGAAUCCAGAGCGAGCAGUAGAUCACAGGUGGAUGUAUUCAGGCCACUGCCUUCAGACAGUCGGAAACUGGUCCUGGGUUCCAUUCAGAAACUACUGUUAUUCAUUUAACCUGAACCAGCUGAGGCAACAGCAUGAGGCUGAGCACACCUGCAAGAAAGUGGGAGCGGAGCUACUGUCAGUGCUGGAUGAAAGUGAGAAUGGCUUUGUAUGGGAGCACAUUCAGAGCUACCAGGAGCAGGCUCAUGGCGCUUGGCUUGGCAUGAUUUUCAAUCCCAAAGGAGGCAGCCUGCAGUGGCCAGACAGUUCGGUGGUGGAGUACACUAACUGGGAGCAACAGGACGGUAAUCUGAGCAUGCUCUCUGCUAACAGUUGCUUCUGGGUGCAGAGUAACACAGGGCUCUGGAAACCUGGAUCCUGCAAGAACCGCACACAUGGAGUCAUCUGUAAACGGGCACGAGGACUGGAGUCUACAGUUGUAGCAGCUGAUGUAGAUCAUCUUCCUGCUCUCGUUCUUAUUCUGCUGGCUGUCUUGGUCCUGAUUGCCCUUGCUGUGGGCGGAGUUUAUCUGUAUUGCAGGAAGAGCUCUGGCUCUGCUGGAUCCUAUGAGGGUGCUCGUUACAGUCGCACUAACCUCACCCCAUCUGAAGAGGCAGAGAAAAAUAUCCUGGUGUCGGACAUGGAGCUAAAUGAGCAAGGGGAAUAAUGAAGGAUGAUAGAUCGUUAUGAAUGACUCAGAAAACUGGCCUGCACACACAAGGAAUAAUUGAAUUGACUUCAUGUUUUGUUUUGUUUCGAGGGGUUUUUUUUUGUGGUGAUGUUUAGAAAGCUGUGUGGAGCGCAGCAGAUGUCAAUCAAACAUGAAGGUGGAACUCCACCCCUAUUUGGACUGUUGCGUCAUACCUGCACACCAACCAAUCAGAAUCCACCAGUUUAAAAAUCGGCUCAGUGUGGCUGAUAUGCACAUAGUUUUCUUUUUAUUCUUCACGUUAACUCUCUUUGGAAAUUCAGUCUAUAACCAUGUAUAUGUUCCGUAGUUACCAUGUGGCUCAUCGUAUUUUUAGCAUUACAAAAAAGAAUACCCAGAAAACCAUACCAGCUUGGAUUUCCAGACACACAUACACACACAAAACUGCACAAUCUGUACCAAAGUGUUAUGCCAUAGCAGUAUUUUUGCAGACUGUGACUGUGACUUUGUUCUAUUUUUACUUUAUAUGUCUUUUUGAUUAUCUCCAGCUAAAAGGAGAAUUAAUUUUUGAGUCCACAAAUCAUCUGUCCAUGUUUUUUUUUAAACACCCCCAUGUUGCUUUUCUCUCACCUCUUUGCUUUUUCUGUUUCUCUUUCUCCCUCCAGCUGAAUGCUGAGUGCUGUCGGGAUGUGAUAAUCAUAGUGAUUAGAGAUGAAAGGAACUGAUAGCAUGUGGAGCGUUUGACAAUGCUGAGGCGAGACAGAGAUAUGGAGAGAACGUUGGGGGUAGAAUUGAGCUGUGUGGCUUAAAGAAUGAGAGUAAUUUAAAGGUCUUUUCAGCAUGGCUGCUACUAGUUAAACUGUGUUCAACUGUUCUGCUGACAUUAGCUAGUGCUUGGCUCAAUUUGUUUUUGGUGUUUUUUUUUUUUUGAGUUCUGUUUAGUAAAUGAGCUCUUUUGAAAGUUUACAAAAUGAUCCCAGGAAUGUGGCAUGAACCACAGCUUCUAGCUUGCUGAUUUUUUUUUCCUUAAAUCUGUUUCAGUCAUGAAAUACUGAUUCAUAGAUUCAAGCCAUUCUUUAUCUUUCUGGCUGUUCCUUUUUUUUUUUUGUCUCCCUAACAUUCUUAAAGGGGUUCAGGUUCUGUGGGGUUGCAUUUUUUCCUUUAUAUUUUUCUCUCUCUCCUUUUGGCAAAGGCGUAGGGUUGAAAAGGUGCUGCGGCCAAAUGUGGAAUGUCGAGUCAGCAAGUGGAUCAGGUCUGGAACCAAUUUCAGCUUCUGAAGAAUGAGAGAGACAGUAAAAGAGGGAGAUAGGGAGAGACAGUGAAGUAAAGAGAAAGACAGAGGGAGCUGUCCUGAAGGGAAAGAAGGAGCAAAAGAGCCUUUAGGUGAACAGGAAUCAGAUAUGUGCAAGUUCAGGCCGAAAAGUUGCUGCAGUGCCUCUAGUGGACAGUCUGUGUCAUUACAGUAAGUGAAGUUUGUGGUUUCACAGAAAUAGAUCUUCUCUGAGCAUUUCAUCUCUAUGUGCUUGUUAAGUAUGUAUGUAUCUUCAACACAAUGACCGGCCAGGUGUGUGCAUAAAGAUAAAGAAAAUGUACACCUCUUGCUAUUUUCUUGUUCACUAUAGGAGGUUUGGUCAUGAUGCAGUCAUCCUGAGUCAGAACUUGAUAAAAGGCCACUUCCUCAGCAGAGCUCCUGCCACGUAGGCGAGUCUCAGUGUGCAGUUUUUUUUUUUAAUAGACUCCCACUUUAUAAAAUGUUUCAGCAUUUUACAAUAAUCCUUUCCAGAAUACUCAUACAUACAUUUUCUCCACUUUUGAUCAGGGAACAUGGGCUGUAAUUAUCCAAUAUAGAAAUUAUAUUUUAUUUGCAAAACUAGUAAAAAUCAAGUCACUGGGGGGAAAGAUAAUUUAAAUAGAUUUAGAAUUGGUUGAGGUUUCAGCCACCAUUGUCUAUAACAAGUUAUUCCCCCCCCCCCCCCCCCCAGCAGUUUAACUAUCCAACAUACAGUACAGAUGCAGUCUGAGAACAUAAUAGCAGCAGCAAGAUCACAGUGUCUUUUUAUUAUUUUUAGAGGGUUUUUUACAUUAUUUGAAACAAUUAAUUAUAACAAGAUCAACUAAAGUAUGCCUGAUUUUGUAAUGUAGUACCAAAAUACUAAAAUCGAAAACAUUUAAGCACAAAUUUCUGUAGCUAAUGUUAACAAACAUACCCAUAAUGCAAAGAACUACAGUAAGGUUAGAAAACUUGCUGUGAUAUUAAGAAUGGGUGAUAUUUUAUUUAUUUGACUGAAUUUGGCUUAAUUCCAGAAGAUAAUACUUUGUUUUUCCACACUGACAUGAGCAGUUUCAAGGGCCAUUAGCUGGCUAGCUAACCAUCAUUACUAGUUUCUUACAGCUUGGUUACUAGCUUCCAGGGGACUGUUUAUGACCAAACCAUUCAACCUGAAAUGCUAAAUCCUGAUAGUCUCAUUUUUUAUUUUUUAAACGUUUUGUAGUGAGCUAAGAUGCUUAAAAACUGGCAUUAUGCAGCUUCUAAGCUAGCCGACUAGCUGACUGAUCAAAGACUCCAAUACAAAAUAAACUAUAAACACACUAUCCUGCUAAUUAAA